AUGCAGCAGGUGGAAGAGAAACUUCUCAAGGCACGCAAGGACCUCGCUCGCGUUGGGGAGCAGCCGGCGUCGGUCGACGCGGUGGUCCGCGAGGCCCAGAAGGUAUUGGCCGGCGCGCAAUGCGAUGUCGAAGAGCGAAUUACCGAGGAGCUGGAGCGGUUCGUGCAAGGGAUUACGGAAACGGAGGAGAACAUCACGAAACAGUGGACCGAUUCUAAGUACAAGAAGAACGCCUUUCACCCACCGCAGUUUCAGGGGGAGGAGGCCGUCAAAAAAUGCAUGCGCGAAAUCGUCGAUAUAUGGUGGGCGCCCUUGUUGGGUAAGUUUCGCGGGACGCUCGAGAAGUACUGCGUGAAAUCCGCCCUGAACCUCGACAAGUGCCUGGCAACAUCGGAAAUUUAG